GCUGUCGUGCGUUGUGCUUGGAAUCUUGGAAAUAACUUGAGACAAGCUCUAGCUUGUUUCUUGGAGUGUAUUCUAUCUUUAUUUUAUUUAAUCUUUAUUGCACAAAAGAAAAACUUAUCGUACAAAAGGUGGACUUAAUGCCAAAAGCAUUCUCUACCGGUCAACCUUAACGUUUAUAAGUAGUCGGAGCAAAUUUGUUGCAGCUAUCCAAAUAUCACGACGCAUUACUGGUUGUGGAAGAGCCUUUAAUCUACUAAAUACUUUAGUGUGACUCUAACAUGCUUGGUUAUUCAAAUGCCGGAAUACCAGAUAAGUCGUGGCAGCCCCCUGUCGCAGUGCUGGAAACAUCGAUGGGUGCUGUUGUUGUAGAAAUGUACUGGAAGCAUACUCCGUUAACCUGUCGAAACUUCAUGGAGCUGGUUAGGCGAGGUUAUUACAACAACACAAAGUUCCAUCGCGUGAUACGGGACUUCAUGAUCCAGGGUGGUGAUCCCACAGGCACUGGAAAAGGUGGCCAGUCCAUCUAUGGCCCACAAUUUGAUGAUGAAAUAACCACAGACUUGAAACACACCGGUGCUGGUAUAUUAUCUAUGGCUAAUGCGGGCCCUGACACGAAUGGCUCACAGUUCUUCAUUACUUUGGCACCAACUCAAUGGCUAGAUAAUAAGCAUAGUAUAUUUGGGCGGGUUCAAAGUGGUAUGUCAGUAGUGAAACGAAUAGGCCUUGUUGAGUGUGACAAGAAUGAUUGUCCGGUGGAUGAUGUGCGGAUUGAGAGAGCAUAUAUACCUAAGUAAUAGAAGAAUUUUCAAUCAAUGUGUGAAUGUUUUGUGUUCAAUUAAGUGCUAGUAUUUUUUUCACCGUUUUUUAGGGUUCCGUACCCAAAGGGUAAAAACGGGGCCCUAUUACUAAGACUCCUCAGUCCGUCUGUCUGUCUCUCUCUCUUUCUCUCUCUCUUUUUAGCCUUUUUCUACCCUUUGGGUGUAGGCCUCCUUCAUUUUGCGCCAUUCGUCGCGGUUCUGUGCGACUUGGAGCCACUGUUUCCCCGCAGUCUUCUUAAUGUCGUCGUCCCAACGCAUCUGGGGUCUACUUUGAGGACGCUCUUCCCCCCAUGGUCGCCACUCGAGUAGUCGUUUGCUCCACGAAUCGGUCUUCCGUGCUAUAUGACCAGCCCAUUCCCACUUCAAAUUGGCUUCGCGUUUUAUAACAUCAUUGACUUUGCUCUGUUGUAUCAGCCAUUCAUUUGUUUUACGGUCUCUCAAUGUGAUCCCCACCAAUUUUCUCUCUAACGCCCGCUGGGCAACGCUCAAUUUACGUAGUAUGUGUUUGGUGAAAACCCAGGUUUCAGCUCCAUAAGUGAGAACAGGCAGGAUACAUUGGUCAAAUAUGCGUGCUUUUUGUUCGGCCUUAGGGUUCAUUUUGAAGGCAAACUCGAGAUUUGAAUAGGCUGCCCAGGCUAGUCGUACGCGUCUGUUGAUCUCAUUGGUUUGGUUCUUUUUUCCAGUCACUAUCUCUUGUCCCAAAUACACGUAUUUAUCGACAGUUUCGAUGGCGGUAUGGUUAACUGUGAUAUUCGCCUUGACAUCUGUGUUGGUCAUAACUUUUGUCUUGUCUAGAUUCAUUUCCAGCCCACACCGUAUGGAAGCAUCGCUGAGUUCUUGGAUCAUGCUUUGAAGUUCAGCGGGGUCACUUGCCAGCAAGACAAUAUCAUCAGCGAACUGCAAAUUAUUCAAGCGACUACCCCAUAUAUUCAAUCUACGCUUUUCCCAGUUCAGGCUUUUUAAGAUGUCCUCUAGCACCAGAGUAAACAGUUUUGGUGAAAGCGUAUCACCUCGUACGCCCUUCUCAAUCCGAACUGGCUCGGUCAGCGGGGGUAGGUUCACUUUUAGGGUGGCUCUCUUGUACAUAUUUUCGAUUAGAGCAGUAUAUCGGUGAUCUAUGCGUGCAUUUUGUAGUGAUUCUAUGACCGACCAUGUUUCAACACUGUCAAAUGCUUUUUUAUAGUCUAUAAAUGCUAACCACAAAGGCAUUUGAUAUUCAGUCGUCUUUUCUAUAAUGAUUCUCAUUGACAAUAUAUGAUCCAACGUGCUGCUACCACUUUUAAAUCCGGCUUGCUCCAUUGGCUGAUAUGAGUCAAGUUUUUUGGUAAGGCGUAGAGUAAUGAUCUUGGUAAAGAGUUUAUACAGGUGUGAGAGCAGACUGAUGGGGCGAUAGUUGUUUAAAUCUGCUUUAUUCACAACCAAGAGAGCAGGCUGGUUUCAGGGCAGGUUUCAGCACCACUGAUCACAUACAAGCACUAGAACAGAUAAUAGAGAAGUAUAAAGAGUUCAAUAGGAACCUAUAUGUCGCCUUUAUAGAUUAUAGCAAGGCAUUUGAUAGCAUCAAUCACAGCGCAAUCUGGAAUUCAUUGAAACAGCUUAAUGUGGACCAAAAAUACAUUAAUAUUAUAAAGAAUAUAUACGCGAAAAGCACUACCCGAGUCAAGCUGGAGACAAGAGGGAAACAGAUAAGGAUAGAAAGGGGAGUCCGACAAGGAGAUCCCUUAUCACCCAAGAUCUUUAUUGCUGUCUUGGAAAUCAUAUUUCGGAAUCUUAAAUGGGAAUCAAAAGGCAUCAAUCUGGAGGGCCAGUUAAUAAACCAUUUGAGAUUUGCAGACGACAUAGUCAUAGUAGCUGAAACUGCAACAGAACUAAGAGAGCUUAUAAACCAACUAGACGAAGAAAGAACCAAAGCAGGCUUACAAAUGAACACAAAUAAAACCAAAAUAAUGACAAACAGCAAACAAAUACAAAUAAAUACAUAGACUAUGUAGACCAAUAUAUAUAUAUCUAGGAAAGCAACUGUCCUUCACAACAACAAACAACGAAGAAGAGGUAGAAAGGAGAGCCAACAUAACCUGGAAGAAAUUCUGGUCACUGCAAGAAAUCCUAAAAGGCAAAUACAGCUUAAACCUAAAAAAGAUAGUGGCAGCUACAUGGCUUCUACCGAGCCUGCUCUAUGGGUGCCAAACAUGGACUUUUACAGAUAAAAUAAAGAGAAAGAUAAGAACCACCCAAAGAGCCAUGGAGAGGAGCAUGCUCAACAUAAAAAAGACACAAAAAAUAAAGAGUACAUCUAUAAGAGAAAAAACAAAGUUACAAGACGCACUAACUCAAGCCCUCAAAUUAAAAUGGCGGUGGGCAGGACAUAUCGCACGGUAUAAAGACCAUAGAUGGAUAAUAUUGGCAACGAAAUGGAAAGGCCCUAUUGGCAAAAGGAAAGUAGGAAAGCCAUAUAAACGAUGGCUGGACGAUAUAAAAGAAACUGCAGGGAAAGACUGGCUAAACAAAGCGGAAGACAGGCAGAAAUGGAGAGAAUUGGAGGAGGCCUACACCCAAAGAGGGGUCCAAAUUAAAUAAAUAGAUAGUAAAUAGAAUACAUAAACCUAACACUAACUACUAACUAUAAGAAACUUACUAACCAAUACGCUAAAACUUUCUAAUGUAACAAAAUUGUAAAUUGGAAAUAAAAGGCUUUUUUAUUUAUUAUUUAUUUAUUUAUUAUGUGCACAACUAAGAAUGCUACAAAUCAGAAAACAGUCCCAUUAGCAAAUAUGUCACACAAGCCAUCAUUUUAUUAUAUUUUGAUAGUGGUGCUGGGUUUGUAACUAUUGUAAUGUUCAGAGGUCGGACAAAUCAUUGCAAAACCAUCAAAAAUCAUUUAUAAUUUAAAAAUGCCCCGAGCGCAGGCUAGUUAGUGGCGCGCCCGAGCUAGUUUAGGAACCAUGACCUCCAAUGAGGGCUAUCGUUUUUUUGCUCACCAGUUGGCG